AACAGGUUUAGGAGAGCAAUAUGAUUGGGUUACCUUUGAAGAUGGAUUGAAGCUAGCCAAAGAGAACAACAAACCUUUGAUGUUGGUCAUUCACAAGACUUGGUGUGGAGCAUGUAAAGCAUUAAAACCCAAGUUUGCUGCCAGUGAAGAAAUACUUAAAUUAAGCAGUGACUUUGUGAUGGUCAACGUAGAGGAUGACGAGGAACCUGAAGGGUCUCAAUUUCAGCCCGACGGUGGAUACAUUCCUCGUAUACUCUUUCUAAACUCAGAUGGCGUAGUUCAACCUGACCUAAUCAACACGUUAGGAAAUCCCCAAUACAAGUUCUUCUAUUCAAAUGCUCUAAUGGUGACUGAAGCAAUGAAAUCUGCAGUCAAAGCACUAGGAGGAAGCAAAAAUGAUGAGUUGUGACAUGGAUCUCUAGUUUAAACUAUUUAUCAAGCAAUAAUGGCAGGUGCCCACUCUUGUGAUGUAAACACUAGGGCCCGAACUCACAAAGGAGGUUUAACUUAACCCAUGGUUACUUUAAACCCUCAUUUACAUAACCCAUGGUUUAAAAAUUAGUGCAAAAUAGGUGUUGCUUGCCUUGCGCGCGUCUAAUAUUGGACCUCUGACUGUGUCGCGCUGAUGGGUUAUGUAAAUAAAGAUUUAAACCAUGGGUUGAAUUUAAACCUCCUUUGUGAAUUUGGGCCUUUAUGAUUUGUCUAUUCAGAGACAGAAAGGUGCUAACUCUUUCUAAAAGUGUAUGACAGGCCUUUUGAUGUCCCUUACUAAUACUACUUAUCUUGAAAAUAAUAAGACAUUUAAACAUCACUUUUGUCACAAUACGAUACAAGUAAAGCACAAGUUCACCAUUCUCUGAUGGUCAGAAUAACAUUACCUCAUAUAAUGUAUACUAUUUAUAUGUGAUGCAGAUAUCGUCCCUUUGCCACAUGUUAGCCAAUAUUGUUUUUUUAUGGGAUAGAUAUAGGCCUACCAAAGGCUUUCAAGAUUAUUUAACUAUGUCCAGCGCAAGAUAAAUCUAUACUGAUAUUAAAAGGGUUGUCAUGGAAAUAAUCAAGACCCUAGUAAUGGGUAAUUUUGCAAAACUA